AUGUUUGACAGAUUCCAGCAGCUUCGCGAGCAAGGCCGUUUUGAAGAUGGUGCGAAACUUCUUCAAUCGGACGCAGCCGUACAGUCACUCGAUCCAGCCCAGCUGGCGGCUGAGCUGGGCUACACCCUCCAGUGCCAGGGCUGCCUCGCAAAGGGCCUGAAGAUCUGGGAUGAUUUUUUAAACGCACGACCAAAUGGCGAACCAAACCGGCUGGUGGUGCUACGAAUCCGCAUGCACGUCUGCCUUGUUCGGCCCAUGGUCCGCGAGAAUCUUGACACCCUCACGGAAAGUUUCGAUGAAGCCACUCGCUUGUAUGGUGAGCUCUCUCUUAUGGGACUGGGAUAUCAAGUAUCAGAUAAUGUGGUUCUCAUCAGAGACACAUAUUGCAAGAUUAUCCAGCUCGUCAGCCAACUUCAUAUUCCCCAGAGAAAUCCAGAGGCAUUCAGUUGGCUAGAAAGUACCUUUGAUUGCGGCUUAUCGAACAAGGAGUAUCGGCUCGCAUUAAUGGCGGCUCGUCAGUAUGCCGCUUCGGUGUCAUCGCCUUUGGGGACGGAACUCUUCCAACUCAGCGUCGACACCUGGGACCGCAUGGCCAGCAAAUUGGUCCAAGUAGAGAUGCCCGCUAUAUUCAAGGCCAAGGCUUUGGAUCUUACCAGCGAGUUUGCGCGUAGUCUCGAUCCGGUGGACGCACUGGAACCGCGCGAGGAGGCGGCCAGGCGCAUGUACGACGAAGCUGGCCACGCCUUUGGCAGCAUGGAAGUCGACAUCCGCCGAAUAUGCCGCCGGCUUCGAAGGAAUGAGGGGGAUGUCGAAGCAGCCGUGAAGACCAUUCAGGCUCAUGUUUCCUCGUUUGAGCAGCAGAAUUUUCUAUUCGGUGUCCAGCAUGGUCUCCAGUCGUUGCAGGCAUCAUUUACCGAUGCCCGGUACUUCGAUCUCCAGCUCAACUUGAUCGGCCUGACCAACGAACUUGUGAGCAAGUCAGGAGCGAAUCUGUUUCGGCUUCUUUACUUGUCCAAAUCGAUGGCAACCUGGCUCUUACAUUCCGGACGAGCUCCCCGUGUCAUUGAGACCGGUGUGUCACUGUACGACGCCGUACUGGAGACCAACGGACGCAGACAGAAAGCCACCAUUGCCAACAUUGUCGCAAAAGCAUACCUGCAGAUUCAGAAAGACGCCGAGGCCCUCUCGUGGAUUCAAAAGAGCCGCGCAGUAUACACGCCAACGAUCCGCAUCGAGAGGGCUGAGGCAGACACAUUGGAGCUGCAGGUACUCAUGUCUCUUGCCCUUUCUAAUCCUUUUGAAGCGGACCGCAACCAACUGCUCCAAAAGUGGGAUACCAUUAUUGAUGACGAGAUCCAGCAUGGUAUGGCAGGAUCUGCCUUUGAGAAGCUGAAUGCCAUAGUCACUCUCCUCAUACGGACGCGGGAUGGCCGGACUCAACAGUACAUCCAACGAAUCGAGAGCUUGAUGCCUCACCUUGUCGGGGAAGGUGCCGAAACAAAGCUGGCCAGUUUUUACCAAAACUCGGCGGCUCUUUGGUUGUCCAAGGACUCGGGGAUCCAUCCCGGUAGCCGCCGUGCUGAAGAGGAAGCGAUCAACCUGCUAGAAAAAGCCGUCCCGCUCUACUUGAGAACCGGAGGUCUCGUGCAAGCAGCAAACACCAGGUUGAUGCAGGCCCUGGCUCAUUUUUCCAUUUUCCAAAAGUCGACAGACUUCCAUCGCCUGACCGAUGCCUACAACUUGGCGGACAUUGCGCACGAAGCCUUCCAGAACCUGGACGUGACCGAGAUGGCCAGCCCCGCGGCCUACUGGUGCGCCUUCUAUGGCUACGUCGCAUGGAGCCAUGGAAGAGCGACGUCGGACUUUGUAUUGAGGCAGCUGUCAGUGGCGGAGAAGGCAAAGAACGACGAGUGCGUGGACCUCUCGAUUCUGGGGGGGUUUGACGCCAUGGCUCGCAGGCAACAGAGAGGCGUCGAUGAGAAGGUGCAGAGGAUCCAUGAUAUGGCAAGGCAAGUAUGUCUGCGCGAGAAUCUCCUCGAAGAGCUGUGGUCUUGGACUCAAAAGUCCAAGGCACGCGGCUUGUCGGACCUGCUUGCUCUGGGUGUCCUGGUUCCGGAGCAUCUGAGGGUGGCCAUUGAACAUGACCCGACGACCAAGGACAUGUUUGAGCGGGAAGUCGAGCUGAUGCAGAAAAUCAGCGCAAGCGAGAGCACGACGAGGAUCAACCUUCGCAACCAACUCCACAUCCUCCAGGCGGAGAUGAGUGAGCACACGGCUCUGCGAGAUCUGCUGAGCCUGCGAGCGGGAACCCCGGUCACAAGGCGUCAACUCGAGGACCUGGCUACAGAGGCAAGACAGGAAGCUUCUGUCACCGACGUGGUGUUUGUGGACUGGGUCUUACAAGACGGACAGGUCUGCGUCGUCGCCACCAGAAACCACGGCCCAGCCCAGCUCAUUCGCUGCUCGAUUUCCCUGCGAACAUUGGAAGAGUGGAAGACGCGCUAUGUGGACAAUCUCGACGGCGAAGACGAGAGUCUCUAUUACUCUGAGCUGGAGGAGGAUGAUCCGGAGUAUUGCCUCCGACAGCUCGACGCGCUUGUCGAAGCCGUUGCGGAGAUUUCGGGGGAGAACGACCUCCUUGUCUUCUGCGCCACUGGUAUCCUCCACUCCAUACCGCUGCACGCGCUAUGGAUAAGGGGGGAGCCCGUCAUCGCGAGGAACCCGGUGGUAUACUGCGCGAGUCUCACCACGGCUUGGCAAUGCUGGCGACAAACUCUGGGGCCAUGGCGGGAUCCAGCGCUCCCGACGCCCAAGACGGUCAUGGCGGUGUACGAGGAGACUCCGGGUACUCGUUUCCUCCGCGACGAGCAGGUCCGCGUCUACGAGUCCGCGGACACGUUGUCCGCUGCCAUCGGGGCGGACGCCAUCACGGGAGGGGGUGCGGGCCUCGACCAGUUCAAGGCUUCGAUUGAGACGUCGAGCCUCUUCCACUUUCACGGGCACUGCAUCGUGGACCGGGCUGCUGUGACAGACCAGAGGAUCGUGCUGUCGGACGGUUCUCUUUCCGUCGUGGACAUGUUCCGCCUGAAACUCGCCACUUGGCCUCACAUCACGCUCAUCGCGUGCGACUCGGCCUCGCAGGGCAUCAGCGCCAGGGGGGACGAACCGCUGGGCCUCGUCACCGCCCUGCUCUGCUCGGGUGCGAGCUCCGUGCUCGGCACUCUGUGGCCGAUAGCAUCGGCCACCGGACGGGAGUUCUCGCGGUGCUUCUACAACGAGAUCAAGGAGGCCCGUUCCGUAUCAGGGCGAGACGUCAUCAACCUGGCCUGCUGUCUGCGGGCGGCCGUGUUGGACAUGAGGGGAGAGCGGCGGACGAGGAGACCCUGCCACUGGGCGUCUUUUGUGCUUCAUGGCAGUCCGUUUUUGCGUUGA